UUUUUAAACUAACGCCACUCAAACCUAAAAAAAAAAAAACCAAACCUCGAUCAUCCCAUAAUCUUUUCUCCCAAUAUUCUCAUCUAGGUCAGUCUUUUGCAUUGAUCGUUUCAUUAUUUGAUCCACAUUGCAUGUCACUAUUUUGUUCUUAAUACAAGUUUUGAAUUCAGUUCUUAAAUUUCUCUGAAUGUUGAUCUCAUUGAUCAACGAUAGUCAAAUCAAAGAGACUCAAAAUUUCACUGAAUUUUAUAGUUUUUUUUGUUUCAUCUGUAGCCAUGAGUUAUCCAUACAAUGUUCCAACCUCUAGGAUGUCACCACCGCAAUUCGCCUCCUCGUCCAGCGACGCCAUUGAAGUGAGGCCUCAAUUUCCAAUGAACAAUGAACGAUUUGAACCGGGUUCAACCAUGGAUAUUUCCCAUUCCUUCAAAAGGCCAAGAAUGUCUGACAACAGCCAUUCCAAUACAAUCACGGGCCCUCCUCCAAGGAUGAAUCACCCUCCACCAAACAGACCAACGGGCAACAUUUUCUUCAAGACCCGCAUUUGUACCAAGUUCGGGUUUGGCACCUGUAGAAACGGUGAAAAUUGUACCUUUGCUCAUGGGGUUGACGAGAUAAGGAAGCCACCCCCAAACUGGCAGGAGCUUGUCCGUCCUCGUAUGCAAUUGGGCGGGAAUUCGAAUGAUGAUCAGAAAGUCAUUCCCACUGAAGAACGGAUGCAAUUGGGCAGGAAUUGGAAUGAUGAUCAGAAAAUCAUUCACGAGAUGAAACUUUGCAAGAAGUAUUACAAUGGGGAGGAAUGUCCUUAUGGUGAUAAGUGUAACUUUCUUCAUGAGGAUCCUGCUAUGUUUAGGGACGACUCUUGUGAAACAAGAGAGUCCUCUGCAAUCAGUAUUGCAACUUUUAAUAAUUUGGGAGGCAAUAGGGCUGGGACUAUGCCAGCAAGGGGCACUUAUUGGAAGACUAAGAUUUGUCACAAGUGGAUGAAUACCGGGAGCUGUCCCUUUGGUGAUAACUGUCACUAUGUUCAUGCAGAUGCAGAGGCACAAGUUCCAAUUCCUGGUGGAGGUAUUGAAGCUGAAGCUGCAGUAGCCAUAGCGAAUUCAGCAAAAGAUGUCAUUCCAACUUUACCAACAAUAGGUUAUUCUGUCAAUAAUGCACCUACUACCUUACCGGCAAAUGUACCAGUGGUGACGGAAGAGGAGAAGAAGGCCAAGAAGGAAUUACUUUGGAAGAAAUUAAACAAGAUCAACCGUAUUUAUGGCGAUUGGAUUGAUGAUUAACCUCUCAAUCGUCAUGAUUUGCCAAAGGGAGCCUUGAGUUGAAUUAUGUGCUCUUGGAAACAGUCCACAUCUUGAUAAGGAUUCUUCUCCAUUGGCAAAUAAUUUUGGAAACAUGGUCAUUGGUGAUGUUGGUCAAUUCAUAUAAUUACCUUUUAUUGCUUUUUUUACUAGUAAUUAGUACAGUUUUAUGGUCACUGACGUGUGAUUUUUCAGUUUGAGGUUUGAGGGGUGUUUCGAUGAAUUCAACAAUUUUUUGUGGGAGUCUAGGUUGGGUGAACAUCAUUGAUAUAUGAAAAUGUGAUUAAUUUUUAUGUUUUGUUUAUAUGUCAUAUCUUACAUUGGUUUGUUUCGGAUUAACAUUUAAAAUUCACUUAGCCGAUGAGAUAUAUACUCAACCCGGAGAUGCUACCAUGUGACACAAUGCGGAUAAGUAAUUAUAUGUUUUAUUAAUAGCAACUCUACCAUUAAUUUAGAGUGUGAAUGGAGUUCUAUUUUUGUUAUUAAACAAAGAAUGUUUGUUGUCAUUAGUAAUAUCCUACAAGAUAGGAAACCAAAGUAUCCAAUAGAAAAUUUUAGUAU